UUACCUUUUGUAAUAUGCGACCCAGCCCAACCCUGACCCGACUCAGCCCAUCUUAAUUACCCCUUUUCCUAAUUUUCCUAGCAGCCCAACAGCAACGCCGGCGACGGACGGACAGCAAUCGCCGGCGACCUUGAAGCGGACGGAAGGUCACUUGUGCUGUGUUUGAUUGUACGUUUAGAAACUUUUGCUAUUGUUUUAAGCCAUGGAAGCUGAUAAGUGGGCAAGUUUUUCAGAAGGAACUAGUGAUUCUGAAGGCUAUGGGGAAGAACCCGAUGAUGAUGACCAUUGUUGUGCAUAUGGAUCGAGUGAUAUACCCAAAUUGCAGUUCAGGAAAGAUAUUUCAAGAUCACGAUGGCUUGAUCCAUUAGGAGUGGCUGAGGUCGUGGAGAGGAAGGGUGGAUUGUGGACAACUACUGGGAUAGUUCGUAAUGGCAAGAUAUAUUGCUUCAUUGAAGAGAUUUUAUAUCUUGCCGAAAUUGGGGCUCUACAUCUCUUCAGUAACGAUGAUACACCCCUUUCUCUGGAACAUGUAUACAACAAGGUUGCGGAAGGGAAAAGUGGAUGUUCCUUCGAAUAUUAUGAAGUAUAUAAGCACUUGAAAUCUCUUGGUUAUAUAGUUGGGCGUCAUGGUAUUCCUUGGUCAGUUAGAAGGUCAAAAGUAAAUUAUGCUAUUAACCAAGACACUCCGGAGACUGCUAAAAGUGGAGAUGAAGAAUCAAGAAACAAUAUUCUCCUCUCUGAAAUGUUUAGUAAUAUGCAAAUUGGUGGAUUGAGACUAGCCUUUGCCGUUUACCCUCCUAAUAGCAGAUUCAAAAAGUCUGCUCCUGGCGAUCCCUGUUUUGUACUUUGUCUUGCUAGUGAGUAUCCACCAUCCAAAGAAGAGAUUGAAGAUCUUGAGAGACAUUCGCAUGGUAUUCCGUUGAAAUUCUGUCUUGUUGAGAACGGGCGCGUGAGCUUUUUCUCAUUCAACAAAGUUGAGCUCCCUAUCCUUCCAUGAUCUCUUCGAGCAACGGUUACAAAUCUUGGCAUGCCCUUUGAAGAGCUAAGGUACAAUUAUGAAUUUUAAUUUUAACCUUUGUGUAAUUGCAACACAUUAUUUAGAUUAUAAAUGUGUCUGAUUAAUGAAACAGGAUCCCAUUUCUUUGUUUAUGACAAAGUCUCGUCUUCUUUACCUUCA